GGUACCUCUUAGGUCUCAGCUUCCGAAGCUUCAUGAAAAUCUCCGAACUGGCUGCGUGCGUGUGUUGUAGUAUAAAGAAGAGAAGUCCAAGACACUAGAAUCCCUCUGUAAACCACGAGACAAAAACACAAACACCUUUCGUGUUUCAAGAAACGCCGACGGCAGCUGCCUCUUCUACUCAUCAGUAGUCUGUGUCUCUGCGUGUCUUUCCUUCUCUGUGUGUCGUAAACAGCAAUUAGGGAAAUGGCGCUAUGGAUGGAAGCAGGGUCAGAACCCAAAACGGAGAGCGAGAUUGCUGACCUCCAAGCCAUCUCCGCUCUUAAACACUCUACUGCACUUGAACUUAAGGAGAAAGGUAAUGAAUAUGUGAAGAUGGGUAAGAAGCAUUACUCUGAUGCUAUCGAAUGCUACACGAGGGCGAUAAACCAGGACGCUCUUAGUGAUUCUGACAACUCAAUCGUUUAUUCCAAUAGAGCCCAUGUGAAUCUACUUCUCGGAAAUUACCGGCGAGCUCUUACAGAUGCUCAGGAGGCUAUUAAGCUUUGCCCCACCAACGUUAAGGCAAUGUAUCGAGCUGCCAAGGCCUCUCUGUCAUUGAGUUUGUUGGUGGAGGCAAAAUCUUUUAGUGAAAAUGGACUCGAGCAAGACCCAGAUAACGAAGAACUGAAAAAGCUUGCCAAGCAGAUAAAUUUAGUGAAGGUGGAACAUGAUAAACGUGAGGCUGAAGUUUCAAAGGCUGUGUCAGAGGCUAAGGACCUACUUUCUGCCAUUGAAGAUAGAGGGUUGAAGGUGGGGAAGGCAAUGUUUGGAGAACUUGUUGGAUUGAGGAAACCAGUACUUGAUAAAAAUAAAAUUCUUCAUUGGCCGGUUCUUCUUCUGUAUGCAGAGGUUAUGUCCAGUGACUUCAUUGAAGACUUCUGUGAAACAGACAUGUUUUUGGCCCAUCUUGACAUGAUGUUCUCAGAAAGUUGUCCACCAUUGCCAUGGGAUACAGAAAACAAUUAUACCCGUGAAGCUGUUGAAUUAUACUAUGAGGCUGGUUCUGGAGUUCCUUUAUCCAAGAAAAAAAUUCUUCAUUAUCUACUAGAUGGGACCUCGGGUGCCAAUGUGGAGAGUGUUGAUGAAGAGAAGGACGCCAUUGAAAGUCAUGGUUCAGGAAAGGGCUCUUCAAAAUGGGUAAAAGUAAAUGAAAAGAGAAUGCUUUGUGAUGUUUUGAAAGAACCUGACUUCAUAAUCUCUGGGAUCCCAGUUUUUUAUGUCGUUUCAAAACGCUCGAGCUUCUAUAAAGAGUUCAAAGCUGGCAAGUGGUCUCUUCCACCAUGAGCAAGUUAUGUCUGGACGGUGACUAGUGACACUGGUUUUCAAAGGUUGUUGACAUCCACUAAUGAGUCAAAGCAAACUACCUCGAUGGCACCUAGUACCAGCCACAAUUUCAUUGUUCAGGAUUAUAGAUGCAAACCAACCAUAAAGUAUCACUACGGUCAGCAGCCCCAACACCGUGUCUGGAAAAACAAGGGUGUCAUGUAUCAACUGUUCAGGCUAUCAUGCUGCUUAAAUUUUCUCAUAUCAAGAACCAUUGAAAUUGAGUACUUAUUGCUUAUUUUAUAUGGAUAGCCAGAGCUGAAAGCGCUUGAAAGAUAUGUAAUGAGGCUCCUUUAGCCCAACUUUUGCUAGUCCACUGUUGUUACACCAUUUGCAAUUGUUAUGUAUCAAUAUAUUGACCCAAAUCUUCUUUU